AUGUCACGUUAUGACUUUACCUCACGCAAGCACGUGUCUCAUAAAGAGUCGCCUCAAGACUCUGUAGCGGGUACAGCGCGGAAGCUACACAUUCACCACCAUAAGCCUGGGAAGAUGUCGUUCUACGACAUGACGGUGGAGAAAUACGCUGCGCUGCCGCUUAACACCUUGACACUUCGCCAGAUGCUGGCUCAGGGGGAGGAGGCGCUUAGAGACCCUACUUUCAUGGUGCGCAAUGCACGAUUCGUUCAUAAAGAGAUGCCUAUAAGGCUGGCGAAACGGCUCAUGGAUCUUCAGUUCUUACCCCACAUAGUCGUCAUCAACCCCCACAUCAAGCAGGUGUACGACUCCUACCGCCAGGCUUUUGACAUGCUCACAGCAUUUCCGGAGAUCAAGACUCUCGAAGACAAUGUGAAGUUCACUCAGAUGCUUACCAUGCUGGUGGACGACCAUACGCCUCUCCUCGGGGUGCUGGCGCGGGGGGUGAGGGAGUGCGCUCUGCGGCCGCUAGUGGGGAGGGAGCUCGACCUGGACCCCUUCCUGGACAACAUGCUGCAAUCGCGGAUCAGCCGUAGGGCUGCGGUCGCUAAUCAGCCGCAGAGUCAUCGCAUCGCAGAGCACAUCAAAGUCUCUCACACAUGCUUCCUCACCCCGCACCCGUUUUCCAUCCCUCCACUUCCCCCGCCUAAUCACAGGCUGCGAUCGCGAAUUAGCCGCAGGGUCAUCGCAGAGCAUCACAUCUGCCUGCAGCAUCAACGGCCAGGAUUCAUUGGCGUCAUCUGUUCCCAGCUCUCAAUGCAAGCGGUGGUCGAAGCAGCGGUCAAGCAGUGCGCGGACGUGUCUCGCCGCACGUUCGGCUUCUGCCCUGAGUUUGACGUGCAUGGGGAUGUGCACUCCACCUUUGCCUACGUGCCGGCACACAUCGAGUACAUGCUGUUCGAGAUUCUCAAGAACGCAUCGCGGGCAGUGGUGGAGCAUCAUUUGAAGAAAGCUCACGAGGAGGGCAAGACAGCCUCUCAGGCGACCUUUCCUCCCGUUACAAUCACAGUCUGCAGAGGUCACAACGAAAGCACAAUCAAGGUGUCGGACCAGGGAGGGGGGAUUGCGAACGAGCUAAAGGAGAAGGUGUGGAGCUACGGAUUCUCGUCCCUGGAUGAGGAUGCAGAGGCAGGGUCAGCUGCAGCUGCAGGCCCUCUCGACUCCCACGGCAGUCCCAUGGCUGGAUUGGGGUUCGGCCUUCCCCUCUCCCGUCUGCAUGCACAGUACUUUGGGGGAGACAUUGAG